GCAAGCCAAAAAACCGCACGCCGCCACGCUUCAAGCGUUUUUCUCGCAGCAACACGCUGAUUACACGCUCCGACGACGUUCCAUUUAUUUUGUCACUGAUGCCAAGGCGGGGGAGCACGCGGGACAAAAAUCAACGCGGCGACUUUCCUUUGUGGAAAGCAGGCUGGCUCCUCCUGGCAUCCUCGGCUGAUUUUGCACAAACACCUACUCGUAUAAAAGCGUCUGUCACACGAUUGUGGACAAGCAGUCGCUCAACAUGCUCUCAAAGGUUCAGGUGGGUGCAUUUUAAUAGGAAUCUGGAGCGUCUGACGUUGCUUUUCAUUCAACAGGUGCUGGUGAUCGCGGCCGUGCUCUGCUUGGCCACCGUUUCUUGCUACAAAAGACAAGGAUAUGCUGGAGACUCGGAUGUAGCUGCGACGUCGGGUUUCAGUGGGGGUGGGGGUGGAGCUGGAGGUGGGGGUGGGGGUGGUGGAAGUGGUGGUGACGGAAAGUUCUUCCAGUAUGCCCACCACCCUGAGCAUGAUCUUUACGAGAUGGGUUACCACCGUGGAAAUCACCACCACUUUAGAGAGAGGCACGAAAAGGCCGCCCCGCAUGCUGGCCACUUUAAAACCAAAGUCCGCUGGGGAGACAAGAAAGGAGGACACGGCGAACACUUGUGGGACUACAAUCACGACGGACACCACGAUGAGCAUGGCGGCAAUUGAUGGACUAUAGCUCAACGCUUGGGGCAUAUUUGAAGACGCCGAUGACCAAAGGAAUCUCGUUUUGUUAAUUGUUUUAGGUUCCCUGUUCACGCUUAGCAAAUUGUGUUCUAGUUUUAGGCUUAAUUUUCAAGUAUUUUCACAAUAAAAACAGAAAAAUCUUA